AUGUCAACAAACAUAUCAAAUAAAAACAGUAUGUCAACUUCAGGUUCAAAUAAUAAUACUAAUAACAAUAACAACAGCGGUUGUAGUAGCUCAAAUUCUAGCCAGAGACAUAACUCUAUCGUCGAAUUAUUAUCAACACCACCACAAUUACCACAUCAACAUCAUUUUAAUAAAUCACGUCAAAAUUCUAAUUUAAAUGAAUCAAUGUCUGAUUCUGGUGAAAGUGGUUUAAGAAGGGUCGAUUCCUAUUCUUCAAAUGAUUCUAUUUCAAUCUUAUCAAUCAACUCAGCCCACAACCAUACAGAUGUCGGUGAUGUAAUUAUAAAUAAUGAAUUGACCGCCUCUACAACUGCAUCAACAGUCGGUUCUGGUAACUCAAAUCAAUUAACACAAACUACUUCCCAAUGUAUUUCAUCUACCCAUUCUCAAAAAUGGCAACAUAUCCAAUUAACUCAAUUAAUUGAACAAAACAAAUUAAUUACUGUCCAAGGGUCAAUCUCAAUUGAAGAAGCUUUCAAUACAUUAAUGAAAUAUCAUUUAACAUCUUUGCCUGUUGAAUCAUAUCCUGGUGAUAUGAAUUGCUUCACAUUUGAUUACAAUGAUUUAAACUCUUAUUUACUGCUAGUGUUAAAUAAAAUUACCGUUAAUAACAGGGAAAUUACACAAGACUGUCAGAAUGGGAAACCUGUGCCAGUAGGUGAAAUCAUUAAAUUGACUCCAAAGAAUCCAUUCUAUAAACUUCCAGAAACAGAAAAUUUAUCCACUGUACUAGGUAUUUUAGGUUCAGGAGUACACCGUGUUGCAAUUACAAACACUGAAAUGACAAAAAUAAAGGGUAUCCUAUCUCAAAGACGUUUAAUUAAAUAUUUAUGGGAUAAUGCAAGAUCAUUUCCAAGUUUGGAACCAUUGUUUAAUUCCUCACUGCAAGAAUUACAGAUUGGCGUUCUAAAUACUCACUCAAAACCUACCUCCAAACAAUCAAGAGUAAUCUCAAUCCAAGGUGAAGAACCUUUAAUAAAUGCCCUUUAUAAAAUCCAUGAAGAAAGAAUAUCCUCUAUCGCAGUUGUUGAUCAUCAAAAUAAUUUAAUUGGUAAUAUUUCAGUCACAGAUGUCAAAUAUGUCACGAGAACUUCGCAAUAUCCAUUGUUGCAUAACACUUGUCGACACUUCAUUUCUGUCAUUUUGAAUACUCGUGGUUUAGAAAUGGGUAAAGAUUCUUUCCCAAUUUUCCAUGUUUACCCAACAAGCUCAUUGGCAAGAACCUUGGCAAAAUUGGUUGCAACCAAAUCUCACAGGUUAUGGAUUGUUCAACCUCCUGAACCAUCUGACAUCAACACUGGUAACACUUCAAACCCUGCCUCUAGCCAUUCUCCUAUGAUGACAGCGGUUGAUCAUUCCCCAUCUCAAACUCCAAACGUUUCACCAACCAACUUAUUUGAAAAAGAAUAUAGAACUGGUAAAUUGAUUGGUGUAAUCUCUUUAACAGAUAUCUUGAGUGUUCUAGCAAGAAAGCAAACUGAUAAUAAACAGGUUGAUCCUUUGAGUGCAAGAAGACAGAGGGGUAGCGUUUCUAUGUAA